AUGAGGACAAAUUACCUCUGGGCUAUCACUGCCCUAGCAAGAGCGGCUCUCGCCUCCGAUAGUCAACAGCCUUUAGGCGGGAGACUUCAGGCUGGAACAGUGCAUCAGUCCGAGCUCGACAGUAUCAUCGCUUCAUCGCCCCUUCUGUCUUUCCAUAGAAACAUCGUGGAGAUCCCAUCUAUCAGUGGUGAUGAAAAGAAAGUCGGGGAAUUCGUCCUGGAUUUUCUAUCGUCAUACAACUUCACGGUGGAGAAGCAGAUCGUUAUUCCUGCUUCCAGUGCAAACGAAGAAAGAUUUAAUAUUUAUGCCUACACUGGAGAUAAUCGAUAUCCCAAUGUGCUACUGACCAGCCACAUCGACACCGUCCCGCCCUUUAUUCCCUAUUCUCUCCAUGCUCCAACUUCAUCCUUCGGAGGGAGAUCCUCGUUCAACCGGGCAGACUUGGUUAUUGCGGGCCGUGGUACGGUCGAUGCAAAGGCCAGUGUGGCGGGUAUAGUCUUCGCUGCUAUAGAGACUCUACGUAACAAUCCCAAUGCCUCGAUCGGGUUAUUGUUUGACGUUGGUGAGGAGAAAUUCGGUGCGGGAAUGAAGCACUUCUCAGACUCAGACCUAAAUCCUACCCCACCGACCUUCCAUUCGAUCAUUUUCGGAGAACCUACCGAGCUCAGCCUUGUUGCCGGCCACAAAGGCUCGCUGGGAUUGAAGGUGAUCGCCAAGGGCAAAGCAGCCCAUUCAGGAUACCCUUGGCUGGGGAAAAGUGCAAUUUCAGCCAUCCUGCCUGUUCUAUCCCGUCUUGAUAAUCUUGAAAAUAUCUUACCCGAGGACGGUGGACUUCUUCGCAGUGAUACGUUGGGCAAGUCGACCUUGAACAUCGGCCAAAUCCACGGUGGUGUCGCUGGAAACGUCGUUCCAGCGUAUGCUGAAGCUUCAGUCUCCGUUCGCCUUGCCGCGGGGACACCCGAUGAUACGAGAGAGAUCCUCCUGAGGGCUGUCAAUGAAUUAACUGGUACCGAUGAAAACGUGUUUCUAGACUUUGGGGGACCGAAAGCUGGGGGUACAGGGCCUCAGUAUUUCGAUGUGGACGUGGAUGGGUUUGAUGUUAUUACUGUAAACUACGGCACCGAUGCUGCAUCCCUGCAUAUACACGAUGAGGGUACCCGAAAAGUGCGCAGAUAUCUCUAUGGACCCGGCACUAUUCAUGUUGCGCAUGGUGAUAAUGAAGCGAUUACGGUUGGAGAGCUGGAGGAGGCGGUACGCGGUUACAAGAGGUUGAUCGCAGCUGCUCUACAAGAUUAG